ACAAAUUGUUCCACACUUUGCGAGUCCCAGUGUCAGCACCUCGGACCGGUCCAGACUACUCCUCUCCCUGGCGAGAGUAAAUCAAAUCUUUCCUAAACCCGACCUGCCAUCGAGCAGCGCAUUAACGCGCUAUCUGGCUGGAUAUUUCACUGGGUUCUAUCCCCGCUGUCCUUUCACACAUGCUCCGACCUUCAAGCUUGAAGCAUGUUCGCCAGAGCUUUUCUUAGCCAUGAUGGCCCUGGGUGCCAUGGAUAGAUUUGAGGUUACAGCGGCAAUCGAGUUGUUCCAUUAUGCAAAGGCCCUCCUGUUCAAUAGCCAACAACAGAGGGCGCAAUUUGAGACGAGGCGGCCAGUCGUUUCACCAAGUGAUGACUCCGCACUGAAAAGGCAGUUAAUCGAUGAAGUGCGCUGCUUGCUUUGUCUUGCACAUUUUGCCACAUGGCAAGGAGACCCAAGUCUCAAAAUUGAGGCUUGUGUCUUGCAGAGCUUACUUGGGCAGGCUCUACGAUCAAGCGGCUUGGAUGAAACUCCGCAAACUCUGCAGUAUCUUGACUGGGAGCAGUGGGCCCAGCAGGAAUCUGAGAGACGCACCAAGCUAUUUGCCUUUUGUUUUCUCGGGCUCCAAAGUAUUGCCUAUGAUAUGCCACCCAGCAUUUGGUGUGACGAGAUUAAUUUGAAGCUACCAUGCUCUUGUCCAGAGUGGACAGCACCGGACGGAACAAGCUGGAGGUUGCUGCGACAAGCUACUCCCGGUGAACAAGGAAAUUUUCAUGAUACUCUAGACACACUGUUGUCUCCCGUGAGUCAAGUCGACCACCCCAUCUCAACUCCAACGCCUGUAGGGAAUUAUGCUCUAAUCCACGGGUUGUUGCAUAAACUUGUGUGGACUCGUAAAUCGGCCUCUGGUAUAUUGUCGCGGGUAUCCUCACUGGAUUAUGAAUCAGCGUUCGAGUCUGCUCUGCGAAAAUGGACGUCCUCUUGGCAACAAACCCCCGAAUCCAAUCUGGAACCGCUAGAUCCCAACGGGCCCUUACCGUUCACAUCGAGUGCUCUGCUGAGCCUUGCAUACGUUCGCAAUUGCUUUGAUGUGUCUCGAACGAGGAAGAUCUUCACAUGGGCCCCGACCGAAAUUGCCCAGGCGCUUCGAGCGUUGCCGCCCGUGGACCGCAAAUGGAGUUCGCUUCUAGCAGCUUAUCAUGCGACGCAUUUUCUCGCCACAUUGGUCAAACUUGGUGUUCAGUACUUCAAGCACAACCAAUCCAUUCUUUGGAGCAUCGAGGCUACACUUUGUGGUCUGGAAUGCUCCAUAUUUCUUGAACAAUGGCUCCACCGGGUGCAAGAUACCAUGCACGAUAUACCCUUGACCGAUCAUGAAGUACGACUCGUUGACUGGAUUAAAGAAGUGGUUUAUGAGGGUUUAUCAUCCGUCAACAACUGUUCUUUUGACAGGACUGGCGGACCUGCCAAAUUACCCGACCAGAUCAUCACUGUGUGGUCCGAGAUAAUGCAGGGUAACUCACCAUUUCCGUUCAUCAAAAUGAUAAGCGAAGUACUUGUUGAGUAUGGGCGGUUAUCUGCAAGGAAUUGACAGCACUGCCGGCGGUGAUGGAAGGGCUGUGAGGUAUUUCCAAAUCUGCGACAAGAUAUCAGAUAAGUAAUGGACUUGGGGAAACCAAAGUCAAUCAGGUUUCUUACACUGAACGGGAGACAGUAUGCAACGUGAGUGUUGAUACUGCCGGUUAGAUCGGAGAAACUUACAUGAAAAUUCUCGGAGCUACUCUGAGCGAUUGAGUGAUCAAGUCUAUGAAUAGCGAGUGGAUUGCAAAUGAGUAUUACUGACGGCAUAGUAAUCACGCAGUUG